UCAAAUGGGCGCGACCAGCAGCACACCAACACAUCCGACACAGGCCAGAAAAUUAUAGGCAUGCAGUGCUUAGGAGAUUGAAUAACACGACGUAUGCCCUUCCCUGAAAACAUGGUGGGAACACAAACCACGAAAUAUGCACCCCGGUAUGUAUUGUAUGACCAUGCAUAUAAUUAUAAAUUAUCUUGGGUUCAGGGUUGUUGAUCUUUGAAAAGCUACCUUAGGGAUUUACACUGCCACGAAGUCAUUUUCCGCCAGAAUUGAAUGGCCCUCUUUUCCUCAAAUAUAUUUCGUACAGGGGGGUUAAAAAGGGGGAGUGCCUGGACUCUGGACUCCGGACCCCAAACAGACGUGGAAUCACAUGCUUCCUCUCUUCCUCACUCUCAUGCUAUCAGGAUCUUUCACCAUCACCUCGCCUUUAUUGACCAUAAUAUUUUAUUACAAGUCACUAAGCACCUAGCGAAUAGUACCCUAAAUUGCUCUGAUCGCUUGUAUACAUCGAGAGACAUGUAUCUUAUGGUUCACAUCUCCAGUGCGACCUGGCAGCUAAAGCAGAACGGGAGAAGGGAAUGCUUCAAAUGCCACCGACCUAGGCAUGGGUACGGCAACAAUGACCCCAACCCUUCCGAAUAUGUUAGUGUCCGGCAAAGGAGAAGGAGGAGUAAGACGCAAAAACCCGACCGUGCCUUUCUUCCCUUCAUAUUUUGGACUUGCUUCCGGUCACCGAACGGAGCGUACGGUAUCUAUCCCAUUCAAAGUCUUUUCUUCUCUUUCCUCCAGAGUCUUUCGUUCAUAGACUUGACUCACUAUCUUCCUUCAAGAUUUUCGUAUCAACUUACAGGCCUUAAACUUAUCAAAAAAUCAGGUUUCCUUGUCCUAUAUACAUGUCGAAUCACUCAUUUGUUUCGUCGUUUGAUAUUCAUACUUCUGUGUCUACGUUUGAGCCCAUUUUCUCACCCUCGUUGUUUUAAGUUUCUGAAUAGUUCAGUCUACCAAUUCCCUAGAUUGGGGCCAUGGAAUCAUUGUGUUGUAGCGUUCGGCAUUUGAUUGCAUCUGACUGAGACCACUAGUACGGUGCAAGUCUAGGAGUAUCGUCCCUUUUGGCAUGCGAGAUGAUCCAGCUUACUAUAAGCUAGCAGCUAAUAGCUUUGCUCAUACCGCCCAAUCCAGGUACGUUCGAUUGGGAUUUGGCCUUU